UGUGGGGAAUUUAGGGUUUAUGGGCUUUGGCGAUGGUGUUCGUUCUAGCGAUCUUGCUGCUGCUCCCGAUCGUGCUGCUCGCGCUGUGGGUUCUCAAGGUGCCGUCGUCUCCGGUGGAGAUCCGUGGCAGGCACAUUCUUAUUUCUGGUGGAUCGAGCGGGAUCGGGCUUGAGCUCGCGAAGAUUGCCGCUGCGCAGGGCGCGCGCAAGGUGACGCUCUUGGCGCGGAAUGUCGAGAGGUUGAAGGAGGCCAGGGAUGCGGUCGCGGCGGCUGUGAGUGGAUCGAGUGACACGGAGGUGGGAUUUGUCAGUGCCGAUGUUUUGGAUCGAGCAGGGCUGCGGAGGGCAAUGGCUGAGGCUGGGGAUGUGGAUGUGCUGGUUUGCAGCCACGGGAUUUCUAUUCCUUGCGCGUUUGAGGAUGCCAGAGACGAGGAUCUCGACACGGUGGUGGGGAUUAAUUUCAUGGGGACGAUGAAUGUGGUCAAGGCCGCGUUGCCAGGGAUGGUGAGAGAUGGCGGGGUGUAUCCUCGCAGCAUUGCGAUCUUCUCUUCUCAAGCGGCCCAGGCUGGAAUUUAUGGAUUCGCAUGCUACUCGGGAGCAAAGGUUGCGCUGGUAAAAUUCGCGGAGAGCCUCAAACAAGAGCUCUUCCUCCGGAAGAUCCAGAUUUCGGUCAUCUAUCCUCCUGACACAGACACUCCCGGACUCCGAGAAGAGAACAAGUUCAAACCGGAGAUAACAAAGAUCUUGUCUGAGUCCUCCAGUGCGAUGGUGGCGAUCGACGUCGCAAGAAAAGCCAUGGACGGGAUCAGAGCAGGGAGGUUCAACGUUUCUUGCAACUUUGAUGGCCAUCUUCUCGCCAUCCUUUGCACAGGCAUGUCUCCACACAUGUCUGUUUGCUACAGUCUUGCAGAGAUUGUCUUCCUUCCGGUCACGCGAAUCAUCUCGCUCUUCAUACAAUACGGAUGGUACAGGACGAUCCGAGCAUGGCUUAUCAAGCAUAAGAAGUGCGUGUAAUAUCCAAGCGCUAACCAACCAUGCCACAAUUGAAAGGACAAUGCCAAGAGGAAUAGCUUAAACGAGUGUAAUUGAGAAGUUCUGGCAAUGAUCUUAACAACAAAAUUUGAAUUUAAGACGGUCAUAACUUUAAAGAUUUAAAA